AUUAGCUUUAUUUCUCAGCUACUGACAAGUGACAACAACAUAACCCAACCCCCAAACACCCGCACACCCGAACCCUAUGGCAAGCCUCUGGCGGGCCGCGACUGGCCUGGCAGAGAAGCAGCCAAGCCAAUUCGACGGAGUGGAAUUCUGGUCGUACCCUGAGCGGACUGGUUGGCUCAUGAAGCAAGGCGAGUACAUCAAGACUUGGCGCCGCCGUUGGUUCGUAUUGAAGCAGGGGAAGCUCUUCUGGUUCAAGGACUCCAACGUCACUCGCGCGUCCAUACCACGCGGCGCGAUCCCGGUGGCUUCCUGUCUCACCGUGAAAGGUGCGGAGGAUGCGCUUAACAAACAGUACGCUUUUGAAUUAUCGACGAGGACAGAGACUAUGUAUUUUAUUGCGGACUCGGAGAAGGAGAAGGAGGAUUGGAUCAACUCGAUUGGAAGGUCCAUAGUGCAGCACUCGAGAUCCGUGACAGUCAAUGAGAUCGUAGACUACGAUAGCAAGCGGUAAGUGGAAGAUUUGAUCGAUCCAUGGAUCGAUCAUUGAUUCUCUUGUUUGUUCUGGGUAAAAUAUGUGGCAUAAUUCUGGAAAAUUUUGCAUCAUCAAGGGAAACGCAUGUACUUGUGUGUUUAUAUAUUGGGGAUAUAAUCUCUGUUUGAUAAUUGAUGCAGAAUUCCAUGGAAAUGCUUUUGGGUUGAUUGUUUUUUGAUUAA